AUGACGUUGAUCAUCUAUCUUCUUGUUGGUGAAACCCUUGUGUUUGGUCACAUUGUGGAGAAGAUCACGCCUGAGACGAUUAAGCCAAGCAAUCUCGCUACUGAUAUAGACAAUGUGACUCAAUCUAGGGUCAGAGCAGCGGGACCAGCCCUCUUUGCAUUAGGAGCUUUAUUUGGAUCUGGGAUUUUGGGUGGUUUGACUGCCAUCGCAGAAAACCCAUGUGCCCAGAUUUGUUUGGACACUGCCUUUAAGUCACCUAUGUUGUUGGCGCUGAGCCAAAGAGAGGCUUUCCAACACCGUGCUAGAGCCGUGCCGGAUUUCACGGAACGUGCCGAUCGAUCGAUGUUCCGACAUAGCGCUGGCACAGCGCUGGCGUGGACAACUCUGAACGCAACACCUGUUACAUGGCCUUUUUGA